GUGCGCUGCCGCAACCUGACCGUGUCCAACACGCGCACCGUCCUGCUCACGCCCGAGAUCUACGUCAACCAGAACGUGUACGAGCAGCUCGUGGACCUCAUGCUGGAGGCUCUCAGGGGCGCCCAUUUUGAAGACAUGACUGAGUUUCUGGAGGAGGUCAUAGAAGCGCUGACGCUGGAUGAGGAAGUGCGGACGUUUGGGGAAGUGAUGAUUCCGGUGUUUGACAUUUUGUUGGGCCGGAUCAAAGACCUGGACCUUUGCCAGAUCCUGCUGUACACUUACCUCGACAUGCUCCUCUACUUCACCAGGCAGAAGGACAUCGCCAAGGUUUUUGCAGACUAUAUUCAGCCCAAGGAUCCUAGUAACGGGCAGAUGUACCAGAAGACUUUGCUAGGUGCCAUUUUGAACAUCUCCUGCCUGUUAAAGACUCCUGGCGUGGUAGAGAACCACGGCUACUUCUUGAAUCCUUCCCGCUCCAGCCCUCAAGAGAUCAAAGUUCAGGAGUCCAACAUCCAUCAGUUUAUGGCCCAGUUCCACGAGAAGAUCUACCAGCUGCUGAAGAACCUGCUGCAGUUGUCUCCGGAGACCAAGCACAGGAUUCUCUCCUGGCUCGGAAACUGCCUGCACGCCAAUGCCGGCCGCACCAAAAUCUGGGCGAACCAGAUGCCGGAGAUCUUCUUCCAGAUGUACGCCUCCGAUGCCUUCUUCCUCAACCUGGGAGCUGCCCUGCUCAAGUUGUGCCAGCCCUUCUGCAAACCCAAGUCCCCCAGGUUGCUUACGUUUAACCCUACUUACUGCGCCCUGAAGGAGCUUAACGAGGAGGAGAGGAGGAUUAAGAACGUGCACAUGAAAGGGUUGGAGAAGGAAACCUGUUUGAUACCUGCUGUGACAGAGCAAGAGCCAGAGUUUGCAAACAGCUACAAUCUGGUAACAGAAAACCUGGUCCUAACGCAAUACACCCUUCACCUAGGAUUUCACAGGCUGCACGACCAGAUGGUCAAGAUAAACCAAAGCCUUCACCGCCUGCAAGUGGCGUGGCGAGAGGCGCAGCAGAGCUCGAGCCCCGCCGCCGACAGCCUCAGGGAGCAGUUUGAACGCCUCAUGACCAUCUACCUGUCCACGAAGACGGCGAUGAGCGAGCCGCAGAUGCUGCAGAACUGCCUCAACCUGCAGGUGUCCAUGGCCGUUCUGCUGGUGCAGCUGGCCAUCGGGAACCGCGGCACCGAGCCCCUGGAGCUGGCGUUCCCGCUGCCGGCCGUGCCGAGCAGCGCGCUGGCCCACGUACCAGAGUUUUUUGCCGAUAACUUGGGCGACUUCUUCAUUUUCCUGCGCCGUUUUGCUGAUGACAUCUUGGAGACCUCUGCGGACUCUCUGGAGCACGUCCUUCACUUUGUCACUGUUUUCAUGGGGGACGUCGAGAGAAUGAAGAACCCCCAUCUGCGAGCCAAGCUGGCAGAGGUGCUGGAAGCCGUGAUGCCUCACCUGGAGCAGGCCCCGAACCCGCUCGUCUCCAGCGUGUUCCAGCGCAAGCGCGUGUUCUGCUCGUACCAGCACGCCGCGCAGCUGGCCGAGGCCCUCAUCAAGGUCUUUGUGGAUAUCGAGUUCACAGGUGACCCACAUCAGUUUGAGCAGAAGUUCAACUACCGCCGUCCCAUGUACCCCAUCCUGAGGUACAUGUGGGGCACGGACUCGUACCGGCAGAGCGUAAAGGAUUUGGCCGAUUAUGCCUCCGAGAACCUCGAGGCCAUGAAUCCCCCUCUCUUCUUGCGCUUCCUCAACUUGCUCAUGAACGAUGCCAUUUUCCUCUUGGAUGAAGCAAUACAGUACCUGAGCAAGAUUAAGGUGCAGCAGAUAGAGAAGGACCGCGGCGAGUGGGACAGCCUGUCCCAGGAGGCCCGGCGAGAGAAGGAGUCGAGCCUGCAGAUGUUCGGGCAGCUGGCGCGCUUCCACAACAUCAUGUCCAACGAAACCAUCGGCACGCUGGCCUUCCUGACGUCGGAAAUUAAGUCCCUGUUUGUGCAUCCUUUUCUUGCUGAGCGCAUCAUCUCCAUGCUAAACUAUUUUCUGCAACACCUGGUUGGCCCUAAAAUGGGAGCCUUGAAAGUCAAGGAUUUCAGCGAGUUUGACUUCAAACCGCAGCAGCUCGUGUCUGACAUCUGUACGAUCUACCUAAACCUUGGGGACGAAGAGAACUUCUGUGCCACUCCUGGCAACAUGAUAGUGGCUUUCAGCAACCUGGCUGAGAGGAUCAAGUCCCUCGCAGACCGGCAGCAGCAGGAAGAGGAGACGUACGCAGACGCGUGCGACGAGUUCCUGGACCCCAUCAUGAGCACGCUGAUGUCGGACCCUGUGGUGCUGCCCUCGUCCCGGGUCACUGUGGACAGGUCGACCAUAGCCAGGCACCUGCUCAGUGACCAGACAGAUCCUUUUAAUCGGAGCCCCCUCACUAUGGACCAGAUUAGACCGAACACAGAGCUUAAAGAAAGGAUCCAGCAGUGGCUUGCAGAGAGGAAGAAGCAGAAGGAGGAGCUGGACGACACGCUGAACUGAUGAAGA